CAUUAAAGUCUUGAAACAUUUGAAAUAAUUGGCUGAGCAACAAGUUUUCUAUUUUCCAUCUAUUUUCUAACAUUUUAACCACUAAAAAUUAAAACGCUUGUAAACCAGUGAAUUAAAAAAAAAAAAUGGAAGACAAUGCAAAUAACGGAGAGCAACGAGAGAUCGGCCCAAUUGAAAAUGCUUGGUCGAUGAAAACUCCCAAGUUUACACCGGAGGACAAUCCACAUGGUCUUUUAGAAGAAAGUAAAUUCGCUACACUGUUUCCGAAAUACCGAGAACAAUAUCUAAAGGAGUGUUGGCCUUUAGUACAAAGAGUAUUAAAAGAACAUCACAUAAUAGCUGAAUUAGAUCUUAUAGAGGGAAGCUUAACAGUAAAAACAACAAGAAAAACUUGGGACCCUUACAUCAUUAUUAAGGCGAGGGAUUUAAUGAAAUUACUCUCAAGAAGCGUUCCAUUCGAACAAGCAGUGAGAGUCCUAGAUGAUGAAAUUGGCAGUGACAUUAUAAAAAUUAAUUCAUAUGUUCGAAAAAAAGAAACAUUUUUAAAAAGGCGCCAACGUCUAAUAGGUCCCAAUGGUGUAACUCUUAAAUCAAUUGAAUUGCUUACUGAAUGCUAUGUUCUAGUUCAGGGAAACACAGUGUCUGCAGUGGGUCCUUACAAGGGAUUAGUACAAGUGAGAAGAAUAGUUGAAGAUACUAUGAAAAAUAUACAUCCAAUGUACAAUAUUAAAAGUCUUAUGAUCAAGAGAGAGUUAAUGAAAGAUCCAAAGCUUAAAGACGAAAGCUGGGACCGAUUUCUUCCCAAGUUUAAAAGUAAAAAUGUUCCUAGGAAGCAACCUAAAAAUAAAGUUAAAAAGAAGCCAUAUACACCAUUCCCUCCACCUCAACCGGAGAGCAAAAUUGAUCGAGAGUUGGCCACAGGUGAAUACUUCCUUAAAGAUGAACAGAAGAAAGCCAAACAUCUCCAUGAUAAAGAUGAAAAACAAAUGCAAGCCAAGAAAGCAAGAGAAGAGAAAAGGAAAAAAGAUUUCAUACCUCCAGAGGAGAAAGUCAUUGUUGCAUGUAAACCUUCAGAAGAAUCUUCUAUUAAUAUUGACCAAUUUAAAGCCAAAAUGAAAAAGGUUUCAAAGCAAAACAAAUCUCUGACUAAGAAAUAACAGUGGAAUGUUUACAUUUUCUUUCUACAUAAUCCAUAUUAAUAUAAUAAAAUGUGAAAGUGUCUGUUAUCUGAUUACAAUCCAUUUAACUAACUUAGACAAACCCAGUACAGAGACAGCUUACAUCCCCAAGAUGGAUGAUGGACAUAAAUUAUUUUUCUAUCCUGGAAAAUCAAA